UGGACCAUAUAUAACUACAUCAACGUGAGUUAAUUCCAUUUAUCCUUUGACUUUCGUCAGUGAAGGUAAAAGCCUCUUAGACUGAUCAUUCAAUAGCAAUCUUGAUUGGGUGCCGAAAGGUUCUGCCCGCCUCGCCAAAGUCGCAAGGAGAGAAUUUAGUGCCCAGCUUGUAGCUUGACCGCCUUAAUAUUUAGUUAGGGCUGUCUACAUCAUUCCUGCAUGGCAUAUGCAGAGUUAUGAAGUUGAAUUGUUGGAGUGCAUCCUGUCGUUGAUAUACAAGUCGCAAACGUACAUGGAAAUUAGUCAAGAUAGCGGUCAAGCGUAAAAGUUAUGUUAAACAACGCGGAGCCACGAAUCGUCUCGGACGGCUUCGAUGUCUUUGUCGCAAAUCAUUGCAUGAUUCCAGUUCAAGAGACAUUUUUCGAGAUGAAUAGCAAUAACGCCUGGAGUAUCAACAACCCGCCAACCCCAGAAGGUUGGGAGCAAAACUUUGAAAACUUUCGAGACUACAAAAAUUUCCCACUGGUAAGCAAGCCGAAAGGAACAAAAUAAACCUUGCAGUUGAACUGACCCCAAGUAGUUUCAGAAUACAAGUGGUGACUUCUGUCAAGACACGACAGCACUUUCCACCGACCAGGAAAGCGAGCGGCAAAGAACUUCUACACAUGCGGUCAUAUGUCCACGACAAGAACCAAAUAAAGGACAUUCAUUUUCCAUUCCUUUACAUCCCGCACCUAGCAUGGUCCAAGAUUAUGGUUCAAGUCCAACACUAGGAAUAGAUUACUCGCAUAUGAACAUGGACCAUGGGCGCAGAAGCUUUGCAGCUUUUCAAAACUGCAGGAGUUCAACGCCAUCAUCAAUAGUUCAGGUGUCAUCCUCAACUAUUAGCCCGGCAAUUCAUCACUUCAGCAGUGAUAGCACAAGCCCGAAUGCAACCUAUAGUGACCUCCCCACAUCGGCCACGAGCUUAACCAAUACAAACGACUCUAUCGAGUCAAGUUCUGCCGUUCCGCAUGAUGGCUUAGCAAAUGGUUGGUGGUCGGAUCGAGGUGUUAACCAUAUGAACCGUAUCAACAAUCAUACAGGUGGUAUCUCAGGGUUUGGCUUUUAUGAAACACCGAGCCUUUCCGAUGGCCUGCCUAGAGUGCAAGAUGAGCAGCGUGAGAUUAUGACAGACUAUUGGAAUCAUACAUAUUUGCCGGCCAGCAACUGGCCACCAAGUCCGUUCAUUCCGAGUACUGUCAGACCUAAGGCGUUGAACCUCAGCGCAUCGUUCGCCUCCAGUGUCUCUACUGCUACCACGGAAUGUAGUCAAAUCUCGGCAUAUUCGUCGGAGUCCACUGCAGUUGUAAGUAGUCCGGAAUAUACUCCAAGUCCUUCACCCACGGGGGAGCAAUCAGUGGCGAACCAAGCCCGUCAGACGCGUGCUCGGCAGAUGCUCCCAAGUUCGAGGCCUGCUAGAAAUAGUAAUGCGAGAAUUCAGCCAAAUGAUAGAACAAAUCCGGAUAGCCACCUCGAACCACAACUGGUCACAAAGAGGCCAGCAAAACAUCGACGCGGGAAGGCCGAAACCCCCAUUAUCAGUGCAGUUGCAAAUACUCGCAGCCACACAAUAAUCAAGGAUCCCGUUGUGGCUACGACACCCAAGAACAAUGUGCCUAAGGGUGUACCACCGUCAACAAUCGGUGACGCAAAACUCCGUGGUCGUUCCGAACAAAAUGAAUUUUUAGUCCGCUCAAGGCGGGCAGGCAUGUCGUACAAGACGAUUCGUUCCAGCGGAAAGUUUACAGCUGCGGAAUCUACGCUCAGGGGUCGCUUUCGGACCCUAACUAAAGACAAGAAAGAUCGAGUUAGGAAGCCAGAAUGGACAGAAAAUGAUGUAUGUAAAAUUUCGAGGCUUCGCAAUGAUGGUGGAGCUAAUAUGUGGCUAUAGUUACGACUAUUGAGCAAAGCGGUAAAGGAAAUUGGGCGUAACAUGAGUGAUGGCUCGGAGCCACAAGGAGAAUGGAAGAAAGUCGCCGAGUAUAUCGCUGAUAAUGGGGGAUCAUAUCGUUUUGGUUAUGCCACCUGUCGAAAACGGUGGGUUGCACUAAAAGAUGCUGAUAAAGGGACGUGAGAGUGUGGCAAGUCUCCAGGGGAAGUAUCCUUGGAGCGAGGGAAAAGAGAUAUUGGCCAAGUGAUUUUAAUAUUCAAAGCCACAAAGAAUUUGUGAGUCUGGGGAGCUGGACGCAACAGAUGACGUGGGAAAAAUACCAUUAACUGGCCGAGUGAGUUAAUUGAUUGUGCGCGCAUGUAGAAAGAUAAUGGUAGGGUGGCUUGGUGUUGUCAACAUGUCUCAAUGAACAGAAAGUUUAGCUUAUUCCAAAUGAUGCGACCUCCAUGCUAUAUCUUUCCGU